AUGGUUGCCACAAUUCGUCAGUACAAGGCUGCUUGCGUGCAGGCUGAGCCUGGGUGGUUUGACCUUGAAAAGUCUGUUAAGAAGACCAUUGACCUGAUUACCGAAGCCGGCGAGAAAGGCUGUAAGCUUAUUGCUUUUCCUGAGACUUGGAUUCCUGGAUAUCCUUAUUGGCAAUGGCGUGUCAACUACCAGGACUCACUGCCACUGCUGAAGCAAUAUCACCAGAACAGUCUUCGACCAGAUUCGGACGAAAUGCGACGCAUUCGAGAGGCCGCCAAAUCCGCCCAGAUCUAUGUCUCGCUAGGAUACUCUGAGAUUGACGGCAAUAGCCUGUACAUGGCGCAAGUCAUCAUCGACCCAACUGGCACCGUCAUCAACCACCGUCGCAAGAUCAAGCCCACGCACGUAGAACGACUAGUGUUUGGUGAGGGAACCGGCGACUCGCUUGAUACGGUUGUCGAGACGGAAAUUGGCGCUCUCGGUCACCUGAACUGCUGGGAAAAUAUGAAUCCAUUCCUCAAGGCUCUCAGCUGCACUCAGUUCGAGCAAGUCCACGUCGCCGCCUGGCCUGUCUACCCUCCCGCCUCGACUCUCAAAUAUCCAGACCCAUACACCAACAUUUCCGACGUUCAAUCCGAGCUGGUAACACCUGCGUACGCAUAUGAAACCGGGACAUGGACCUUGGCACCCACGCAAGUCGUGACUCGUGAGGGUGCCCGCAUGAAUCUGCCUGCCCGUCUACAAAACGACGAGGCAGCGCUUGACGCAGAGGCCGCAGUCAUUGGCAACGGCUUUUCUAGAAUCUAUCGCCCCGAUGGGUUCCGUGCCGUGGACGACCCCGCAAGAACUUUUGACGGUCUUGUGUUGGUCGAUAUCGACUUAGAUGAAAACUUGUUGACCAAGCGUCUGGCUGACUUUGGUGGUCACUACAUGAGACCGGAUCUCAUUCGUUUGCUUGUGGAUAAGACGCCCAAGACAUAUGUUGUGGAUGCGAACGCGGCGGAUCCCAAGACAUUCCCUAGCACUGGUCAGGGCAGUCAAGGCACCCGUACAAUCGCUGUCCGAGUUGCAUGUCAGCCAGUUACCAUAUCCCCGGUUCUCAGCCAUCCAGCACCAACCGCCGCCGCUGAGGUCAAGAAGGGGGUCGAGAAUGCCACCGACGAUGGGAUCGACGAGGGCGACGCAUCGCCUCCAGCAGUAGCCGGCUUGGCAACCGAUAUUAGCGCCGUACCAGCAACUGCGCUUCGAAACCGGAUUAAGGCUCAACGCAGCAGGGUGCUCCUUGCAUUCACGGAUGUUGUUUGGGUCGACCUCAGUGGGGAGGAUAGAUAUAUCGACGUCCGUGACACCCAGGGCGCCACACUUGUCUUCAACGGUGGUGGACAGGACUGUGGUUGCCAAGAGGGCAAUCGAAGCGAAGAGAAGUUUGAAUUGCAUAUUGAAGAGGUGAGUUUGUUAUGCUCGUGUAAUUGGUAA